AAAAAUACUAAAUACGGCGAAAUAGAAAGAUUUUCUGAGAAUUCAACCGGAUCAAUAUAAAAUACAAUCUUCGGAGAAAUGAUUCCAGGAAAAAUCUAUAUUUUUAUACGCCACUGACCAUUUCUUCAGCAGUGUCAACAUUCCUGUGUGAAAUUACCGAUUUAUUAUUCAUCUGAAGUCAAAGACAAAGUUAAUUAAGUGAUUAUGGAUGCCGCCUAUCUCUAUUAAUAAGUGAAGGAGAACCGCACCAAACAAAAACCAAAUAGUCACCCAUCCAUAAGUGAAACCCACAGAAAAGACAUACAACCGAGAGAUAGAUAUUUCAAGAAUGACAUCUGAAAGUGCAACAGCCUUAUUAGGAGUUGGCAACAGUGCUGGAACCUCCGUUGGUGGUACAAGUUUACCUGCAACAUUAUUGGCUUCUGAAGAGGUUCCAGUAGCUGAAGUACCUGAGGAGGUUCCGGUUCCUGGAGUCCCUGAAGACUCAAACCCAGUAGAACAUCAAGAACAAAAUGGAGAUGUCACCUUAUCUUCGUCUGAUCAAUUAACUGUCAAAUUUUACGGAACAUUUCCUCCGUGCAUUCUCUUCAAAUCGGAAAUUAGACCAUUUAACAUAGCUACAGUUUGUCGCAAGGUCACAGAUCAUCUAAGAGAGCUCAUGAAAACAGGGGAAAAAGAUGACGGCUUUUUUCCGGCGACUUUUCCCAUUUUCGGAUUGAUCGACGUCGAACACAAACUUUGGCUGGGUUCGCCCCAAUUUAUAUCUAAGGGAGAUAACUUGUUUUAUUUCCGUUUUCGAUUCCGUCUGAAAGAAGAGAUGAGUUUAAGGUUGCUGUCGGUCUUUGAUAGUAUGGCGGCUAAAUAUCUUUUUAUACAGUGUCGGGAUGACUUCAUCAACAACCGUAUUAAACAGAUGUAUGAUGUUGACAUCCAACAGGAUCUUAUACUCGGUUACGUUGCCAUGGAUUUACUUAUACCGAGUACUAGUCACGAUUAUAACGAAAUGAAAAACAAGAAAUCGUCCGGAUCCACAAAUCAAACCAGUUUACCCACUGCUCGGGAAGCUCUGCGAAAUUUCAAAUUUUUAUCGCUGUAUCACAGAUUGCCGAAGAGCUUGCGAAGGACAUUUGUGUUUCCAUGGAGAUAUGCCAAACUUUACUUUAAUUUGAGAACGUAUAUCAAUCAAAAUACGUUAGAAUUUAAAAAUGCUGAACAAAUUCAACACACGUAUGUUCGGUCGAUAUAUAAAGAAGUUGUGUCGUAUUGUACAGAAAAAUACGAGGCUGUUUGUCUGGAUGAUGGUCAAACUGUUGUUUUCUCUUUAGAUCUCAUGAAUUCCUGGUUACAGAUUAGAUCAAAGGAUAAUUCUUGUGAAUAUACAGGAAUCAAACUGGAUACAGUAGAUGUUAUUAGUUUUACUAGAGAUGAUAGAAUGAGGAUAACUCUCAUAUUGAAAAACAGUAAGCCAAGAAUCUUUAUAUUUGAUGGGAGAGAGGGUAUAUCGUUUAUAUCUAUGUUAGACGGUCUGUGUAAACUAUCGGUUGAUUAUCAUGAUAAUCUCACGGAAGACAGUUUUAUAGAUUUAACGUUACCUAAAGAUCUACAUUCAUUCGGACCCAUGUUAACGAAUGAUGCUGCUAACCUUCUCAAGUCAACUGUAGAGGAAUGUAUCUCAAACAAAAUCCAAGUGGAACGACUUUUUCUAAUCAGACAAUCAACACAAGAAUUCGACAUGUACGAACUGAUGGUGUGUAACCCUAGCAAGGAGGUGACCUCCUGGAGAUUUACGCGUGUCAAUGAUAAUGAUACUGGUUAUCUUUACAAACUACCCACCAAAGAUGGAGAAAAGAUUUUUAACUCUGAAUUAGAAUUUUUGAAUUUCUGUAAAGAGAGGUUCAAUAGACAACUAAAGCCCUCAGAUGUUCAUGUUAUAGAGAAGGACAGUUGCGUCUGGAUAAAACGACUGUUCACCAACGAGAUUGAUUACUACCAUGAUGAAGUUCGGGAAAAAACAGCCACUGGACCACAGUUAAUUCGCGAGAAGGAUUUUGUGAGAGAACCAAUACUCUACAGAGAAACUAUGUACAGCAUAUUUAGUGAGGUAGAGUUACGUUCCCAGAAAGCAGAAAAAUUAAUCAUGAUUCAACUAAAACCUCAAAUUAUUAGUAAGAUUAAACCAAGUACUGAUGACUUACAAUUUUUGGCCAGUCAACUUGCAGAAUUUGACCAUGUAGCGUUCGUUCGUUUUUACGGCUCCACGAUUAAUCUACCCUUACGAUUGAUUGUGGAAUAUCCUUACUAUGGGGAUCUUUGCCAAUUUCUUGUCAGAAUAAAAGAAAAUGGAUUCCAAGAGCACAUAAAUCUGUGUCAGAUUGUACAGGCAGUUUUAAAGAUAGUGUCUGGAAUGCAGUAUUUGAAUGAAAAGAAAAUGAUACAUGGGAAUUUGAAAUGUGAGAAUAUUCUAGUUCAUGGAAUAACUAGCACAUGUAUUAAAGUUAGAAUAGGUGAUCCAGGUUUAAUAGGAUUUUAUAAUAAACAAGGUCUACAAGAAACGAUCAACUUCAAAAGAAUUCCAUGGAUUGCUGUUGAAUUGUUUGAUGAUUUAAAGAAAGCUACGAUUGAGUCGGAGGUUUACAGUUUAUCAACGUUAAUAUGGGAAGCGGCAUCAUUUGGUGAAAAUCCACUCACUGUUCUCGGUAUUCAUAAUAUUGAUCAGUUAAAAGCUCUUUUUCUCCGAGGACCUAAGUUAGACCGACCAGACUUUAUAAAAAUUACCACUAGCUACACGUCUAAUGUAAACGAGGCUUGUGAUAUGAUCUGGGAACUGAUGAUUAAAAUGUGGAACGUUGUCCCACAAGAUCGACCAAACAUCAGUGAAAUUUCAAAACAGCUUCAUAUAAUUAGUUUAAAAUUUGAUGAUAUGGAAGAAAAGGAUUUAGAGCAGGAAUUAGAUGUUGACUUUAAAAAAUUGCUACCAAAACCUUUAAAACCAGACAAUAAUCCAACAUGGCAAGAUGGCGGCAAAACGGCGCUGAUUGAUAAGAAUAAUAUAAAAUUAAUUAAAAAACUAGGAGAAGGACAUUAUGGAUACGUAUGGCAGGCGAAAUAUACUAAACCAGAUGGCACAGUUGUUGAUGUGGCGUAUAAAGAGAUGAGAACACAUUCAUCCCAAUCACCUAAAGAAAUCCAAAACCAUAGAACUAUGUUUAAAGAGGAAGUCGAUCUGGCAACAACAUUACGACAUCCAAAUAUCGUUCAGGUUGUUGGCCAUUGUUAUAAACCUUCGUUGAUUCUUGUGAUGGAGUUCGUGGAACGUGGAAGUUUAAAAGAUUGGUUGAAGAAAAAUGUGAAUCUCCCACAAGCUUCAUUUAAUAACAUCUCCGUAAGAAUAUGUUUGGAAAUAGCACAGGGAAUGUCAUAUCUUGCAAGUAAAAAGAUUGUACAUCGAGAUUUAGCAGCACGAAAUGUCUGUGUAACCAAUGAACUUCAAGCUAAGAUCACUGAUUUUGGUUUAGCUAAAAUUCUACAACCAGAAAAGGAUUAUUACAAAAUGAUAUCCCUUUUUAAAGCCUUGCCAAUGCAUUGGUCUGCUCCAGAGUCUUUAGGUGAUCGUUAUAUUAUCAGCAGUCGAUCUGAUGUAUGGAGUUAUGGAGUGGUGUUAUGGGAAAUAUUUUCCCGGGGUGACGAACCCAAAUUAAUCAAAGAUAAUAACUUGACAGAGUUGGUGAAAAAAUUGAAGAAUGACGAACGGCUGCCGAUUUCUCCAACAUGGCCGACACUCAUUCAAGCCCUUAUAAAGGAAUGUUGGAAAUAUAAUGAUAAACAAAGACCAGACUUUAUAAAUAUACCUUCAAAAAUUAAAUACGAAAGCACUUGAUAAGUGUCAUAGAUCCCUUUAUGUUAUGAAAUAAAGAGAGAGAGAGAAAUUGGGUUUAACGUCCACUCGACACAAACUAGGUCAUUUCGGGACUAACAUAUGGUUCAAUUUUAUUUCAAUAAUUCGCUUGCGCGUAGGGGUCUUUAGCAGUGGGAGGAAACCGGAGGACCCGGAGAAAACCCACGAGGUUGGACAGGCGACCCUACUCCUUGUCACGUACAACCGGAGAUUCGAAAUCAAUGACAGACUUUAUGAUAUAGCGCGCGCACGCUAACCAUUCAGCCAUCCAACCCCCCCUUUUAUGAAAUAAUAUUUAUAUGAAAAACACAAUAUAACUACAGCAAAUAUCUAAUCGUUCGGAUGGGACGAAAAACAGCUCCUGUAAAAUAACCGUUGGCAGAUGGAAUUUGAAAUAAGAGUACUGUAGCGCCACUGUCCUAGCCACGUUUCUCUCAUAGUACCCACGGUUGUACGUGACAAGGAGUAGGGUCGCCUGUCCAACCUCGUGGGUUUUCUCCGGGUCCUCCGGUUUCCUCCCACUGCUAAAGACCCCUACGUGCAAGCGAAUUAUAGAAAUAAAAUCAAACCAUAUGUUAGUUCCAAAAUGACCUAGUUUGUGUCGAGUGGACAUUAAACCCCAUCUCUCUCUCUCUCUCUCUCUCUCUCUCUCUCUCUCUCUCUCAUAGUACACUGUAUGACUCAUUAGCUCAUUAGCACAGUAGGUGUAGAACAGUAGGACAUUAAAGAUGGGUUCCCGCGUACAAACUGGGUGAUUUAAUGGACCAAAAACAUAUUCAAACUAAUUAAUUUUUUAUAAUUAUGCUUCAAAUCCUUCUCAAACAUUAUAAUUGUGAAGGAAUGCCCUGCUAUUAAAAUUCGAUCAAACCAGGUCAAGUUUACGUCAGGUCUUCGGAGUCAGAGGAGAAUUCAUUGCAUACAUAAGACAAUGUUGUCUUUAAUCACUUACUAUUUAUUACAAAUAUCGAAUCCUAAUUAAAUUCUCGGAUUGUACACUACCCGCGUCUUUUUCCGUCAUUUUUAUCUCAGAAAGUAUUGUACGUCUAACUCUUCAUAAAGUUUAUCAUCUUGUACAUGAAGCGCUCAAUGCUCGCUUGUGACCUUUGACAUCACGCGUGCAGAAGUUCCUAAUCGUCGGGCUGUUGAUUAGGGGAACCCUUACAUUUUUGUCCUGUAUACGCUCCAUGAAUGUUUUCAGGGAAUCCAGUAUUUUUCUAGUAAGAUUGGAUAUCUCUACUUUCCAUAUAUACCAAAAUUGCCAUACUUUUAUUGGAAAUAACCACCCGAUAAAUAAUUUUCUGGGAACCCAUCUUUAAACCCCAUGUCAUUUCAUUUGAAUAUCUAUUAGGUUAAUAACAUAUAACAAAUUAUUUUUAAAUCAUUUACAUAUAUUUUGAUCAUGUUACCUUUUGACAUAUAUUUUUUUAUCAUGUUUCCGAAGGUAUUUUCCCUGUUUUUACUCUAAAAAUGGCCUGGCCUUGAUGAAGUUUUAUUGGGGAAUUUGAUUGGAUGCUACUGUGAUACUUGACAAGGAUAUGAUCUUCAAGAUAAUCUUAUCCAGUCACUUGGACUAAACAAAAUGGCCCUAUCCUGGUUUUGCAACUUUAUAAUUGAAAUCAUUUCAUUACAGAUUUUUAUUUCGGUCAAUGUAAAACACCAUAGGAUAUUCCCGCUGAAAACAAUUGUCCUUGCUAUAACUAUAUGUAGUUAUGUAUAGCUUGCAUGGUAACCGCUUGUUAAACUGUGUUUUGGUAAUAUAACUGUAGCUUGCAUGGCAACUCUGGUUUAACUGUAUGUUUGUGUUGUUUUGUUAUACAGACUAUCCUUGGGCCUGUUUCACAAAAUUUUAACUAAGAUCAAAUCCAAAUUUUAGUAAUUUGAUUGGAUAAUAUUAGAUUGAUUUUACUGCUUAGCCAAUCAAAACUGAAGUAUCUACAAAAAUUUGGAUUUUAUCUUUAGUUAUGAUUUCGAGGAACAGGGCCCUGGAUGGUUUCUUUACACCAAUAUUUCCCAACUGAGUAGCCUAUAUCAUGUAAUGUCAGUAGGUGUAUAUAGUCUAGAUAUAGGCCCAUAUUUUACAUGAUGAUAUGUUAUCAUCACCUUGAUUAGUCAUUUGCUUUUGUCUGGGAUAUUACUAUGGAAACAGACCUUAAACAUUAGGUUAGCUGUUUGUCUCCGUUGGGGAUCACGUGGGUAAGACGCUUGCUCGCUAGUCUGGAGGUCGUGUGUUCGAUCCCUGCAUUAACCGAGAAAGUUCAUUCAGAAUUUCCGGCGCAGUUUCCCCUUGUCAGUGAUGCAGGAUGGAGGGCCUGACAAGGACAGCUGUCUAGUCGUUCGGAUGGGACAAAAAAAAAACGAGGUCCCGGGUACACAUUGGCGUGCACGUAAAAGAUCCCUUGGCAGUUGGAAUUCGAUAUAAGAGUAGGCCGUAGUGCCGCUGUCCGAGCACACUGUAUGGCGUAUGCCCGUCUUCAUUAGCCCAGGUUAGGAGCAGAACAGUAGGACGUUAAACUCCAUUUCAUUUCAUUUAAUUUAUACAUGCUGUGCUGCUCAAUUUAUACAAACAGCCCUACUCAAUUUGAAUAAAUAGUUUAUUACUUAA